UCAUCCAACAUCUCAAAUGAUGGCAGCUGGAUCUUUAGUCUGUUUAGAUGACUUCGAGAAAUAUGCCUACGGUAAACUUGAUAGAAAUGCGUUAGACUACUACAGAAGUGGCGCAAAUGACGAGCUGUCUCUCAGGGAUAACAGAGCUGCAUUUGGAAGGUAUAGAUUUCGGCCACGUUUUUUACAAAAAGAUGUUUCAAAGAGAGACUUGACCACUAGGAUCCAAGGGCAGCCAGUCGACUUCCCUGUAGGUAUCGCACCCACAGCCAUGCAAAGGAUGGCACACCCUGAUGGAGAGGUAGCGACUGGAAGGGCUGCAGCUGCAAUGAAAACCUGUAUGAUUCUCAGCACAAUAGCUACCUCCAGUAUAGAAGAAGUGGCCCAGGCAUCUCCAGAGGGUCUGCGUUGGUUUCAGCUCUACAUCUACCGUGAUCGUGAAGUGACCAAAGAACUGGUGAGAAGAGCAGAGCGCAGUGGAUACAAAGCUUUGGUUUUAACUGUUGACACACCCAUGUUUGGGAGAAGACUGGCUGAUACUAGAAAUAAGUUUACCUUGCCUCCACAUCUCAGAAUGGCUAAUUUCAAGCAAGCAGAUUAUAAAUCUGAUGGAGUGAAAGGAAGCAAGGAGUCUGGUCUGAGUGAAUAUGCUGCCUCCCUUUUUAAUCCAUCUUUGAAAUGGACUGACGUUAGGUGGCUGAAACAGUUCACAAAGCUUCCUGUUAUUGUGAAGGGUAUUCUCACAGGAGAGGAUGCAGUUGAAGCAGUAAGGACAGGUGUAGACGGCAUUGUUGUAUCUAAUCAUGGAGCAAGACAGCUGGAUGGUGUGCCUGCUACAAUUGAUGUUUUACCUGAGGUGGUGCGUGCUGUGAAUGGCCAGUGUGAAGUCUACUUGGAUGGGGGUGUCAGAACAGGCACAGAUGUACUAAAAGCUCUGGCAUUAGGAGCUAAAGCAGUUUUCAUUGGUAGACCUGCACUGUAUGGGCUGGCCUAUGAUGGUGAGGCAGGUGUGAAGACAAUUCUCCAGAUUCUUAGAGAUGAGCUAAGCUUAGCCAUGGCCUUAGCAGGUUGUGCCAGCCUAUCAGAUAUUAACAGUUCUUUGGUGGUGCAUCAGUCAUAUUAUCUUCAUCCAAAACUGUAAACUGACACAAGCAAGGAGUAAUGGUACAAGACUGUGAUGACACGGAGAUUUGAUGGGAUUUCAGCCCAAGCCCAACUUUAUCCAAUUUAAUGAUCACCCUGCAAUACACACUUCCACGUCAUUCUUCAUGCAAAAAGUCUAGAGUUGGCAAAUGGCCACAUAACUAUGAAAAUUAUCAAAAUUAUAGUAGAAAUGUUUAGAGUUUUAUGUUUUUACAUACAUAAAGAUAAUAUUUAGUGAAAAAUUUAAACAUAUAUGAUAAUGAUGCAUGGUGUGGCCAGUACUACAUCAUUUAUGGUACAUUUACCAAUUGGAGGAACGAAUAAAUAGGUCACUUUACAACCAAAAUUUUGAAGAAUGUGCAAUUUUAAAGCUAUUUUUGGCAGGACGAAGAAUUGAUUUAUUUUAUGACUUGGCAUGUUGAAUUUAUUUUAGUUGUUUUCGAAACUAGUGGAAGUGGUUUGUAUGCAUCACUGGAUAUUUCAAUUACUUUAUAUAUGUAUCUUUUUAUAAAUGUUUUCUUCCACUGUAUUCACAUAACUUAUAUAAUUAUUUCAUAGUAUUCACAUAAUCUAUUGAAAUUUAAAGUAUAAAUAUAUUUUUUCUUAAUCUUUGAUGUUCUUCAAGGCUUCUUUAUUUAUACAUGUAAAUUGUAAAAAGAUAUUUGCACAAAGAAAUACUUUUUAAUUAAACACUCAGUUUCAAUGCUAAAAGGAAAUGGUUGACAUAAUUACUAAUAGCUUUCACAAUAGUAAAUUUUGUUGAACAUUACUUACAUAUUUACUGACUCAUCUAUUGUGAUUCUAAUAAAGUACCAUGGUGUAAACAAGUAAGCACCAAAACAAUGUGUUGUGUGUUUAUUGUACCACCAGCGUAGCGCUGGAGGUACACAUGGUUUUAGUCCCGACCCGCCUCGUCUGUCUCAUCGGCCAGCCCUGCCGGCUCCGUUGGCUCCGCUGCCAAGUUACUGUUACUGCUUCUCCUCCUAGACUACAAGAGCCUGCCUACCCAUCUCUUGGAUUUAGGUCACAUAUAAUCUCAACUCGUACCACGUAAAUUUUGGACUUUGUCGGUGCACAGGUCUAGGUGUGGCGCUCAUCGCAAUGCACCCUUGUCCAAAAUUUGCAAAAUUAAAUGCUGAAAAUCUUCCAAACCAAAGAAAUUAUGGGAAAAAAGUUCUGUAGAUUGCUGACCGAAAAUCAUGUAUGUAGAUUUCAAAUACCCCCUUUGGGUUUGACCUUUGACCUUUAUUUCAAGGUCAAAUGGGCCAAAAUUUUCGUAA